AUGUUACUGGAUGUUCAACUUAUAUCAACAACAGUCCCUCUUUGUAUAAUUGUCUACUACCUACUAUCUUUGGUCUAUCAGAAAUCACAAGUCCCUAUAUUAGUUUCAACAUUUAUUUUCACAAACAUGAUUUCUCGUACAAGCAUGUUCAGAUCAAUCGUUGAAAAUGCUCAACUGACAUUGAAACAACAAAUCACCAAUAUCCCUAAAUCCGCGGGCACCAAUUAUCAAAAUUUCGUCAACUUGAAUGAUGUUCAAAAACGUGAGGUUUUAACGGCAAUUCAAUCUUUGAAAAGCUAUGAAACCAGUUCCAAAGCUCAAAACGACCGGAGAAGAAAACUAUUCCAACGCAUGUCAUACAAACAGCAGAAAGCAUGUAAAGAUAUUGGAUAUUUGAAAAAAUUGGAUAAAAUCGAUAAUGCUAUCAGUGCCAAUUACAAAUUUGUUGAUGAUGUUGCUGACCAUGCUAUCGCUAAAUAUGGAAUUUCGUUAAAAGAUUUCGAUUUAUUAAAUUCAGAAAAGAAAAAUGCAAGUACAACAUCUGCUUCCAAUUAUCGAGUAAUUGAAGCUUUAGGUCAUUAUACUCGUGAUUGGCAUCCAGAAAAUAUUGGAUUGGAAUUAUUACCCAUGUACGAAUAUGUUGCCCUGCAACUCUCGGCGUUGAUCCCUUAUGAUGCCAAAAAAGAUACUUGUUUGGUUUUCCCAGGAUCUGGAUUAGGUAGAUUAGCCCACGCAUUUGCUAAAUGGGAUUUUGGUGCUGUUCAUUCGAUUGAAUAUUCCGGGUUGAUGAAUGCUUUUGUUGAUUUCAACUAUACCAAAUCAGACAAAAAUUAUACAUUGUACCCGUUUGUUCAUACUUGUUCUGAUUUUUACAGCACCGAAUCUCAAUUGAGAACUUUUGAAUUUAAACCUCUAGGUGAAAUCCCAGAAACGUUGCAUAUACAUAAUCAAGAUUUUAGACAUUUCAAAAUCCCCAAUAGAGAUUCAUAUAAGAACAUUGUGGUGGUAACCGCAUUUUUCAUUGACACGGCUGAGAAUUUGUUGGAUUAUUUGGAUGUUAUAAAGAAUUUGACAUUACCAUCAGGUAACGUAGAACGUGGUUAUUGGAUAAAUGUUGGUCCAUUGAAAUACGGUACUGCAGCUCAAGUGGAAUUAAACGCUGAUGAAUUGAAAGACCUUCGCAAGAAUUUAGGAUGGAAAGAUUAUAACUCAGUGUACACAAUUUACGACAAAUUGUCGGCAGGUGACAAGACCGGACUUGUUGGGUAUUUGACAGAUAAAGAAAGUAUGUGGCAAGGUUACUAUGGACUUAACAUGUUUGCCAGUGGUAGAGAGGAAAAUAAGUUUUAA